AUGGCCUCAUUGCGCCGAGGAGGUCGGCCCUCGCUCUCAUUUACGAUGCCGAACAGCACCAGCAAUAGCAAUAGCAACGUCACCCUGCCCGAACGGCCCCCCAUUGAUGCUCUGUUCCUCAUCGACUUCGACGUCAAGAAGGGCUACACAAUCGUUUGGAAGCGCACCGCCGAUGGUAUCGAUGUCGAUGGCCGUGUCGAGUACAAGUCCCUGCCCUCGGGCCUGCACACCGUCACCGACGACCUGAUCUACUUCGUCCACGACGGCGCCCAUGCCGGCCUCAGCGCCUUCAUCAACACGCCCUGCGACGAGGAGGACGCCAGAAAUGCUCGCAUGAUUGCCGUCGGGGUUCUGGUUCCGCUGAGCUUUGGACGUCUGGGCCGGGCAUGGCGCCAUGCGCAAGGUCUCAAGGACUUAGCAGCCAAGCUAGUCAAGGAUCGUAGUCAAACCUCGCUUCUGCAAGCUUAUUGGGAUGACAACAAGGCAAGCAAAGACACCCCCCCACAAGCGAGCUUUGGGGAAACCCCUCUCAGCACACCCGCCGUCGUCGCCUUCUCAGAACCAGCCGAUCGAGACCAGCCGAAGCGGAAAGGGCAUAAUAGAAACAGAUCGGCAUCCGAUGGAGCUUCGCUUGCUCCCCCUGAACACAAACUCUCGCCAUUCCAUCCCGCUUGGAGCUUGACCAGCCUGUUGGAUAAAUUCGGCCCACUGAUAUUCCCCAUCUACCGAGCGGCUCUCCUGCGACAACGCAUAUUAAUAUCAUGCCAUGCACCCGUGCAUGAGAUUUGUGAUUAUGUAUAUAACCUCUCCGUGCUGUCAAACAUCCCCCUUUCCUUAUUCAACAUCCUACCAGAGAAUCCUCAGACGCAACGGCUUAGACCUCUCUUUACCAUUGGAGUCCACGACAUCCCCUUUCUUACCGAGGAUUAUGAGGCCGCCAAGAGGCGCGAGCAGGGCGAUCUCGUCAUUGAUGAUGACGAGGCCGGCUCUGGAUGGAUUGCCUGCACGACCGACAGCAUUCUGGCCAUGAAGGAUACGCUUUGGGAUAUGCUCAUCACCAUCCCCCCCGACCACACAACGAAUAGCAAAGAAAGUCCAUGGCCUGUAGUCGAGUGCCCUCGCGGGAUCCCCAUCAAGGCCACCCAACGCGAUCUCCGUCGGUUUAAUGCUCUCCGUGCUGGGCUCGCCCGUCUAGUCCCAAGCGGACCAGCCCCCGACUCUCCGGUAUCAGACCAUGCCAGGCGGCCUUCCACCAGCUACUCGAUCAAACAAAAUGCCGAUGACUCAUUUGAACAGUUGGUCGAGCCUCUGACCUGGUCCGCUUUUGCGUACAACGGGUACAUGUGGUGGGCCAGCGCCGGGGAACAAUUGCGGUCUGAAGAGCAAGAAGAGUCGGCACGGGAUGCUGCCUUGCUUGCAGACCUUGAGCACCCAUCGGCUCAGAACUCAAUGUCCAUGCCAGGGCCAGGAUCCCGCGCCGAUCCUCUGGCCGACUCCAUCUCGUCUCUAGCUGCUCGCCGCAAUGCUGCCGACCCUGAAGGUGAGGCUCGUAUUGAGCUUGCUGUGGUUACGUACUUCCAUCGUCUCACGGCCCAGAUGCUCUCCAUUCUCUCAGAUAUUGUCGAGGGGGUGGAUGGGGCUUACCCACUAGACGAAAGUGAUGGAGAGGAAGAAGGCGAUGCACUCCUCAGCGGCCAGAGCACCCCGCGUGCCAUCACCAUCGACAACCGUGCUGUGGACAACAUGGGCCUGGACGUCUGGAGUGCCAGCGAUGCAGCAUUCGUACAGGGCCUUGUGAGAACCUACUUCGAUAGGACUGCGAAGAUUGAAGGCAAAGGAAUCGAAGUCUGCGGCGUCAGAGUCUGUUGA